AAUAAAACAGCUUGAGAAGGACAACUCUCCCUCCACCAAAUUCCAACCCCAAUUGUCUUCUUUCAGACAAACCCAUUUCACCAAACGCCAGAUUAAACAAACCCCAAUAACCUAAUCGCUAAUCCUAACUUCUGUAACCAACACGCAGAAAGUCUCCCCUGUUCUCUACCGAAACAGGGGCGAUGAAGGGUCGCAAGAACAACAACCUCUCGAUACUCGUCGUCGUUUUCUCCAUCUUCCUCUUUGGGGUCUUCAUGUACAACGAGGACGUGAAGUCCAUCGCCGAGUUCCCAUUUUCUCGCCCCAAAUCCCAAGAAAUUCAAGAAACCAAACAGACAAGCCCACUUCAAGAAGAUCAAGAGGAGCCCAAGGUUUUGGUCAGCACCGGAACUUCCUUGGAAGACAAGAAAGCCGAAGAUUCCGAGGAGAAUAAGGUUACUUCGGAAUUGCCCAUUAAAGAGGAGAAAGAGAAGAUCGAAUUGCCGGUCGAGGAAAACGACGAAGAUGAAGAAGUCAUUUUGCCUCCGGAAGAGUGUGACUUGUUUGAUGGGGAAUGGGUUUUUGAUAACGCCACCCACCCGUUGUAUAAGGAAGAUGAAUGCGAGUUUCUCACAGCACAAGUGACUUGCAUGAGAAAUGGAAGGAAAGAUUCCAUGUACCAGAAUUGGAAAUGGCAGCCUAAAGAUUGCUCUUUGCCAAAGUAUAAAGCAAGAUUGUUGCUUGAGAAACUGAGGAACAAGAGGCUUAUGUUUGUUGGGGAUUCGUUGAAUAGAAACCAGUGGGAAUCCAUGGUUUGCAUGGCUCAAUCUGUGAUCCCUCCGGGAAGGAAGAGCUUGAACAAGUCUGGCUCUCUCAACAUUUUCAGAAUUGAGGACUAUAACGCUACUGUGGAGUUUUACUGGGCUCCAUUCUUGGUAGAGUCAAAUUCAGACGAUCCAAAUAUGCACAGCAUAUUGAAUCGCAUAAUCAUGCCUGAAUCUAUCAACAAGCAUGGUGUUAAUUGGAAGGAUGUGGACUACCUUGUCUUCAACACAUAUAUUUGGUGGAUGAACACUUUCACCAUGAAAAUCUUGCGAGGAUCGUUCGAUGAAGGUGCCACGGAGUAUGAUGAGAUCGAACGGCCAGUAGCAUAUCAAAGAGUUUUGAGUACGUGGGCUAAUUGGGCGAACCAAAAUGUAGACCCCAAUCGUACCACUGUCUUCUUCAGCAGCAUGUCCCCUCUUCAUAUCAAGAGCUUGGAUUGGAACAACCCGGAUGGCAUAAAGUGUGCCAAAGAGACCAUGCCGGUUACGAACAUGACCACCCCAUUGGAGGUUGGCACGGACCGUAGGCUGUUUGUGAUCUCACACAACAUAACUCAGUCGCUCAAAGUGCCAGUCCACUUCCUCAACAUCACAGCCUUGUCCGAGUACCGCAAGGAUGCGCACACAUCGGUCUACACCAUCCGCCAAGGCAAGAUGUUGACUCCCGAGCAGCAGGCUGACCCUGCCACGUAUGCAGAUUGCAUACAUUGGUGCCUCCCCGGGUUGCCCGACACGUGGAACGAGUUCCUCUACACACGUAUUAUCUCACACUCUUGACACUUGGCGGAUUCAAAGAUGCCACGGUGUCACUACUUGUGACUUUUUUUUUUUUUUUGUUGGCCUUUGAAUUUUCACUUUUCUUUCGAGUUCAUUUUGCCUUCCACCUCACCUAAUGUAAUUUUCUUAAAAUUUUCUGUUUAGUUUUUUAUAGGCUGGGGAUCAAUGGGAUAUUAGGGAUGGGGUUGGUCCGAUUUUUUGGUUCUUUGUUAAGCCAAUUUGGAUGGGGUGGGAGCUAAGAACGCCAUAAUUUUUUGUUGCCAAGUGGGCAAAAUCUGCAUAGGCCAAAAGAUGGGCAACUUUCCUACGGUUUACUUGAAUUGUACCUUUUAACAAAUAAUAAAGCAAAUGAAAAUUGUAUGUAA